AUGGAUGAAAGCUUGUUUUUCGUUUGCAAGUUCGGGUUCAGUGGUACCAGUAGCAGUAGCAGUAGCUUCAACUUCUUUUUCAAUGCCAGUUAUUUGUUUUGUUUGCUGAUAGCAUCAAAUGAUAAAAAUGAGCGACAUCGGAGUAAUAGUUUGCCUGGGAAGAUUACUACUAAGAGUAAGCGUGGGAAGAGUACUACUAAGAGUCAAGGAAAAUCAACUGUGUCUACAUCGAGGGCAUCUCAUUCUUCUAUUCCACCAUUGCAUCCUCCUUCACAUGGCCCGUCAUCAAAGAGUAAAGAGAAAUCAACUGUAUCUUCACCGAGUCCAUCUCUUUCUUCCAUUCCACCAUUGCAUCCUCCUUCACAGGGGCCGUCAUCAUUUUCACAUUCUUUUUAUGGUACUAUGACUCCCUUGGGCUAUAGCUCGAUUCCUCCCCCGGGAUAUAGUCCGAUGCCUCCACAGGGCUAUUCUGGGAUUUCACCUGCUGCCCCUUUCUACAAUAUGCCUCCCCCAGGUUGUUCCUCGAUGCCUCCCUCUUAUAUACCUCCACCUGGAAUGCAUUCCGCUUACCUCGCUGCCAUGGAACGAUGUCCAUCUCCAAAGACUCCUUCGUCAGAGGCCACUCAAUCAGCCAGUCCACGCCUUUCUAGGCUAAAUAUUGGAUCGAGAAAUUCUGAGGCAUCUCCUAGCCGUUCUUCUACUCCGUCUUCAGUUGAUGGUCCAAAUCUUCCAUCACCUGGAAAGUUAGAUCAUCUACGGAGGGUGCGCAUCAUCGCUGAUGGAGAAGGGUUUUAUCCUUCUAGGCCAGCUGCAAAUGCAAUCUCAACAGCAAUAUAAAAACUUUAUAGUGGUUCCUUCGCGACGUGGGGUGAAGUGCCAUGUCAUACGCAGCGGGCGAUCCUUA